AUGGUCCAAAAUCGCAAGCUCAAGGCAGCCACAUCUGAACAAUUGGAAGCUCGACGCAUCAUCAACGCAAAGCAUUAUGCACAAAAUCGCGAGAAGAUAACAGCACAUCGAAGAAAGAAGUAUCAAGAUGAUAUGGCAAAGGCUGCGCUGAAAGAAUAUCAAGAGUCGAAACGCAUCAAAAAAAAGCGGAAAGCUGCUCUGAAGGAGGCAGAACAGAAACUGAAGGAAAGCUAUUUGCGUAUUCGCAACCGAGAAAUCAAAAAGAAGGCUGUUACACAUGAGAGUCCGUUGGAAGACGAUGACCCUUGUGAACUGUCUCCAACAAGGCCAACCACUCACGAGAAAUCUGCGAUAUCUGUGAAAGUGAAUUACUCAAAAACUCGCCAAGACGCAUCCAUUCCCCCCCACGCUCGACGAGUCAAAGACAAACAGUUGACACCGACGAAGAGAAAACGGAGUCCUGCGAUCACCGACUCAGAUGAGUUUAACCCCCAUCAUCUUCCUCUCCGCACGAAGGAAUGCGAAACAAGUCGCUCGAUUCCGAUGACCUCUCCCCUUGUACGCACCAGUAGUUUGCCUCCUUCGUCUGUGCCGUCAUCGCCAAUCUCCCGUAUCGUGGACCACAGCAGACACGAAAGCUCCUCAAACUUCACCCCUUUGAUGCCAUUUAUUGUGACUAGGCUCAAUUUCUCGCUUGCAGAGGCCCGUGGAAUCUAUGCUAAAUUCAAACUUCUCUGCGGAGAAUCCCGAUCGAAAUUCUUCAAACCUUUGUAUGACGACUUCUUGGUCACGCAUGAGCUUGAGAAAGCCGACGCAAUGGAAACUGAAAUCAAACUGUUAUGUUCCACGAUGGAAAUUCGGCGGGAGCAGAUAAACACGUAUGCCAAGCCAUGUGAUGAGGAUGUUGUUGACGAAGUUCUCGGUUAUAUCUGUGAGCUGGCUGCAUGGAAGGAAGACAUAGAGGACUUCAAUCAUUUCGCUUUUUUAGGGAAGGAUACAUUGAGGGAUGAGCUUGAACCCGAAACUGGCACAAUUCAUCGUCUACUUAAAACCUAA